GUUCCGUUUCAGCAACUGUGUGUGUGUGUGAGAAAUUUUAGAGAGAGAAUCUAGAGAGAGAGGGAUCUCCCGCCCCCAUCUCCUUCUCCCCCCUUGACCUCUAUUCUCUUUCGAAUAAUUCUGCAUUCUCAUAAACCCUAAUUUAGUCAUCAAUCUCAACAUCUGUGUUGCCUCAGUGCCGUCCAAGUACUCGAUCUGGUAGAUUCCGAUUCGGUUUAUGUUCGAUCUGAUUUUCCGCAUCUGGAUCACACCGAAUCCGAAUAUAUUGCUGGUAAUUUAAAUUUGUAGAACUUGCGAUCGAUUGGCAAUGACGGCUGAUACUGAGGUAGUUUGUAACGAUGUCGUUCGUAAGGUUGAAAUUGAGGAGAAGUGUGUUGCUGGUUUGGAUAUGAGUGAUCUGGACGAAGUCGGUGCUGCUGCUACUGUUGAUGGUAAUGUCGGUGGCAAUGGUAAUGUCGGUGGGGAUAACAAGGAGGAUACUGAUGAUUCUUCCUAUGUGUUUGUCGGCGGUGGUAUCGAGGUGACUGGUGGUGAUCCUGGUGACACUGGUGGUGUUAAUGUCAGUACUAUUGCUCCUAAAUCUGAGUCGGCUGAUGAAGUUGACCAAUUUAAGAAGGAAGAAUUAGGUAUAGAAAACAAGGGGAUACCUGUUGAUUCGUUGGUGUUGGAAACUAAUGGCAUCACUCAUGCGUCUGCCACAGCAAGUGAUGCUGAGGUUAAAGCUGUUUAUGAAGUGACUCUCGAUAAUGGAUCCACUUUUGAUCUUCCUGUGGUGCCUGAGACUAAUGACAUUGCUCAGGAUGCAAAUGGUCAUCUUGGCAUGAUCACAGGGGAAGAAGGGGUGGUUGUUAAGAACACCGAUGAAGUGGAGAGUGCCAACGGGAUCAUGAAUGUGGAAGCCAAAACAGAUAUUGUGGCUGGAGUUACUUUUGACCCAGAGCCCACUCUGAAUCCAAUAGAGAGGUCUCAAGUGACAGUUUUUGAGUCAGAGCCUACUAUUAAGACGUUUGAGGGAUCAGAAUCUCAUGCCACAAUUAAUCAAUCUGUGUCUACGCCUGAUCUAAUCAACACCACAGGUGAGUCACUCCCUACCCUUAAUUCAGUUAGGCAUACAGACUGUGAAGUGAUGGUUAAUGAUGGACUGGAGUCUGUUAGCACUCUGAUUGAAAAGGCCGAAUGUCAAGCAACAGUUGAUGGAUCUGGUAAGCCACCUGAAGAUUUGGAAUGUCAAGUAACAGCUGAUGGAUCAGAAUCUUCUGGAGGUCCAAUCAAGGAACGAGAAUGUCAAGUGAAAGUUGAUGCAUCUGCCAUGCCAUCUGAUGAAUUGAAAUGUCAAGUAACAGCUGACAUGUCAGAAUCUUCUGGAAUUCCCAUCAAGGAACUAGAAUGUCAGGUAACAGUUGAUGGGUCUGGUAAGCCAUCUGAAGAUUUAGCAUGUCAAUUAAAAGCUGAUGGGUCACAAUCUUCUGGAAGUCCAAUGAAGGAACGAGAAGUGUCAGCAGUUGGGUCAGAAUCCAUUGGCAGUUCGGUUGAUAACCAAGAAUGUCCAGUGUCAGUUGAUGGGUCAGAAUCUAGUGGUAAUCGUACCGAGGAAGUAGAUUCUUCUACAAUAGUUAUCGUCUCGGAUAGAAAGUCAGAAGACUCAUUAAUUGUGACCCCCAAGGUCGAUGUAGAAGCUGAACCAAAUCAGGUCUGUGGUGGGAUGAAAGUGGAGCACCAGAGUGAGUCGCUAUCAGCUACUGACCAUUUUGAGAACAAGGAAACUCCAAAGACGUUGACUGGGUUGGGCACAGAAUCAGAGGAGAAUUCAGAAUCAGGACUUGUUUUAUCCGAGAAUCCUGAUGCUCUGGCCAAUGGGCAAGUUGAAAAGUCUGAUGGAAUUUUGGAGAUGGGAGAGACUCACCUGUCUCAAACAGAGGCUGAUGGUGUGCCCUUAGUGUCUAAUGCCGAGGAGAAAUCAGAAGAGAAGCUUGAGAAGCAAGGGGAGGGAAGUUCCGAAACCCUAAUCAAAAUUACAGAACCUGUUGAAUUGGAUGCGAACUUUGAAGAGACGAAGGAGCAGCUUAAAACAGAAGAUGAGAUUCAGGAAUCUCAAAUAGUUGUUACAGACAAUGUUCAAAAUGAUUUGGACCUGGAGGAUAACACAGCAGAAUCUACCACCAAGGCUGAAGCACCGUUAGAGACAGAAACUAACAUUGAGUCCAUCACUCAUGAGAUUAUAGCUUCAGAAUAUGAAGUUAGCAGUCGCAUUGAUGAUACUCAAGAAGUCAUUCGACUGGAGAUAAGUGCUGAAAAUGUUGAGAAGCAAGGGGAAGGAAGUUCAGAAACAAUGAUCGCAAUUACAGGCUCUGUUGAAUCGGAUGCGAAAUGUGAAGAGACAAAGGAGCAGGUCAAAAUAGAAGAUGAGAUUCCGGAAUCUCAUAUAGUUGUUACAGACAAUGUUCGAAAUGAUUUGGACCUGGAGGAUAACACAGCAGAAUCUACCACUGAGGCUGAAGCACCGUUGGAGACAGAAACUAAUAUUAAGCCCAUCCCUCAUGAGAUUACAGCUUCACAAUAUGAAGUCAGCAGUUGCAUUGAUGAAACUCAAGAACACAUCCAAUCUGAGGGAAGUGCUGAAAAUGUAGAAACCUUGCCUUCUACAGAUUCUAUGAAAUCAGAAUGCGAGAACAGUGAGUUGCUAGUUGAGAAGGAAAAUGAUUCACUUUCCAAUCCUGAUGACUCUAUGGUAGUAGAAAGGAAGGUUGAAGUUGAAGCUCAUCUGGUUACAGAGAACAGAUCUGCUGAAAGUAAGAAUUGUGGAACUGGGAUUGAAAAUGCUGAUGAUGAUGAAGAAAAAGAAACUGAAGUUAAGGAUGAGCCUGUUGGAGAUAAUUCUACACUAAGUCUCCCUGACACAAAUGUGAACCCUGUCGCUGUGAUUGAGUUUGGCUCAAUUGGGCGUCAUGAGACAGUUCAUGAUAUGCAUGACGAAGAUGUGAUUGAUGGGCCUGAUGUGGUAAAUGGGGAGAUGAAACCUGCUUGUGUCGCCAACAGUGACAAUCCAGAACGAAAUGUUGAUGGUUCACAGGGAGACAGAAACAGUGACAAAAUGUUAUGUCCAGAAGUCGAAGACAUGGAUGGCGUUCAAAGUGAUGAGGUUCCUACCUCUUCUGCAGAGGGUUCUAUAAGCGAUGCUCUUGAUGUACAGAACGAAGAAGCUGAGGUUCUAGCGUAUAACUUCUUGAUUAGGAUUCCUAGAUUUGAGGAUGAAACGUUUAGGGAUCAGAUUAGAAGUGCUCAGGUGCAAGUUGAUGAGAAGACACGCCUCCGAGAUGCAAUCCGAGUUGAGAUCCAAGGCAAGAGGGCAAGGUUGAAAGACCAUAAUGAGGAAUUCAAUACAGUGAAAUUGGAGGAGACAGCUGCAAGGCGGUUGGUUAGAUUGAAGCGGCAGGAAAUAGACUCUGUUCAGUCUGUCAUCAACAGGGUAAAAAAUGCAAUGUCUGUCAAAGACAUCGAUGGCAGGAUAUACAAUAUGGAACAUAUGAUACAGCAUGAAACAUUGUGUUUAAAAGAUGAAAAGCAGUUCAUUCGUGAGAUUAAGCAGCUUAAGACUCUUCGAGAUCAACUAGCCUCGAAUAUGGGAAGCCAGGAUGAGGUUCAACAGGCUUUAGACCAGAAAGAUCAAAACGAGGAGCGUAUGAAGACAUUAAGGAAGGAACUGGACUCCUUAAAAGAUAAGGUUUCAAAAGCUGAAGCUGUUGUCAUAGCAGUGGGGAAAAAAUACGACGAGGAAAGUAGAAAGGAAAGAGAAUUGCAAGCUCAGUUCAGAGCUGCGGAUGAUGUUCGUCAAAAAGCAUAUGCUCAUUUAAAUAGUUUGAAGAAACAAACAUAUGACAAGAACAAAAAUUUCCGCCUGUACAAGGAAGAUGUAAUGGCAGCAAGGGAUUUUGCAUCACGUGGAGAUAAAGAUGCACUUCAUCGUUUAUGUGCAAAUCAGGUGGAGGCAUUUAUGGAACAAUGGAAUAACAAUGCCGAGUUCAGGAAUGAGUACAUUAGCAGGUGCAAUAUGAAUGCAAGCAGAAGACAGAGGACGUUGGAUGGAGGCUCACUUGGUCCUGAUGAUAUAUCCCCCGUGCUGCCCAGUAAUGUAAAUGAAAAAGUUGAUAGGAGUCUGGUUUCUGUACCAGGUGAAGUGAAAUCCGUUACAUUAGUUUCAGCUGUUGAACAAGGAAAGAUGGUUUCAUCUACUGAAGAUAAGAAUGCAGCAGAUCAUAAAUCUACCGAGAAUUUAUCGGGCCAAAAGAAUCAAACCUUGAAAACCAAGGGUGUUGUCAAACUUGCUUUGGGAAGUGAUACGGUAACGGUUACUGGGAGGGAUGAGAGUAUAGACAAUGGAAAGGAGGAGGAGAAUACACUGACAAAAGAGGAGAUGGAGAUGGCCAGGAAGGCAGAGGAAUUGAGGAAGGCAGAGAUUGCAGCCAAAUUAAAAGAGCAACGCCGGUUGGAGGAGAAGGCGAAGGCGACUGAAGCACUGGAGAGGAAGAAACGAAAUGCUGAAAAGGCCCAAAUCAGGGCUGAGCUGCGAGCCAAGAAGGAAGCCGAGCAAAAAGAGAAGGAGAGAGAGAAACGUUUAAGAAAGAAGGAAAAGAAGAAGGCAGGAGGAGAUGGCAGCAUCAACGGGGAAGAAGUUGCAAGCUCAGAAAGUUCAAACGAGGCACCAGCCAAGGGGACGGAAGCGGUUAAAGAGAUGACAAAGAAAAAGUCAUCAAAACCACCACCACAUUUCUUCUCGAAACAGCUGAAGCCGAAACCCGUCCCUCCACCCCUUGCAAACAGAAACAGGAAACGAUGGCAGCAGUGGGGGAAACUGGUUCUAGCGGCUGUCGCCAUCCUUGCCUUGUUUUUGUUGGGUAACACCGGCUUCUUUCUUAAUCUUAGGGUCCUUAAUAAGGCCAAUGGCGGCAUCUAAAUUCCUGCGUACCGUGUGCUCGUUUGUUUGCAGAAAAGAAGAAUCGAUAUAGAGAAUUUUUUUUUCUUUCUUGGAUUGGGUUUGAGUUCUUUUUUUCUUCUUCUAAAAGAUCUAUAGAUAUGCAUUAAUGAGUUCUAAUAAGUUUGGGCUUUUCAAAAAAGUUAGUUUUGAGUAAAGUUAUAUAUAGACUUUUAGUUUUUGUAAUAUGUUGAAGUUGGAAGGAAGUUAUAGGGGAACCUUUGAGUAAGUGGUGGUAUUCCUUGAACGAUAUUAAUAAGCCUGCAGCCUGGGUAAGUUAAGUUUAUAUC